GGACAGUUCGAAAACCGAGAUCAAAUCGUUUACGUCUGGAAUUUCGUUUCUCACACCGAGUAGUGAAUUACUGAAAUUCUCUGCCGGAACACGUAAUACCAGCACAUUCUGUUGAUAUAUUCGGACCGAGAUUUGAACUCCUUAUUUUUGAAAACUGCAAAUAAUAAUAUAGGUUGAUGAACCUCCUAUUCUUAUUACUGAGGACUGAAAAAAAUUGGAUAAUGAUCGAUCUCAAUUAACUAGGAGUCAGUUACACGUUGCCUUAGGUCAACUGAUUGAUCCAAGAACGUUCGUGUUGGAGUGCUGAAUGUUAUCUCUAAUUUAUAAGGAAUACCAACACGAAAAGACUCUUAGAAAAGCUCAGCUGGAAACAAAAAAGCAAACUAUGCUUGUUUCAAUUGAUGAGAUGACAAAUGGAUUAUUAACCAAAAUCGAUAAGAAUAUAUCAAAAGCAUAUAUAAAUCAACAUCGACUAAACAGUGAAUUCAAAGAGUUAAUAACUCAAUUACAUAUUUAUCAGAACCAUGUCAAUGUAUGGCUAAAGCUUGUUUCCGAUAUUCGUAAUGUACUUAAAGAACUGGGUGAUGUUGAAUGUUGGUCCAUGAAAAUGGAACAAGAUGCAAUGCUUAUUGACAGUUGUUUACAAACAGUGCUCAGUCGUUAUUGAACACUAUUUUCCAUGACUAUAAAAUUUGAUAUGGUUGUUUUAAGUGUAUACAUUUGGUAAUUUCUAAUUUCCUAUUAUCUUAUUUUAAAAUCGUUGUAUUUACUUGACAUUCGAUCAUAAUGAUAAAAUAAUUGAGCAGAUGGUAUUCUUUUGUAUAUAAAUAAAUUGCGAAAAAUUCUAUGGAUAA